AUGUGUUACCAAGUGGUUGAACGGUACUCGGUCUGCCGGUGCCAAUACUACAAGCACGCCAUCGAUCCAUGUUCUGCGUACGGCCAACGGGGUCAUUCCGUCCAAGAGAAGACCGUCCUCGUUGGCUACGCAUGCUCCCUGCACAGCACAGCUGCAUCGAGUACCGGAUCCAGCACACAAGGCGCCGGCGUGCUACCGGACUCUGGAUACGGCAGCGGCGUUUAUGAUCCUGCAGCAUACCGGUGA